AUGUCCUCCAAUGACCAGCCAUGGUGGAAGGAACAGGAAGAAAUAGUCAUAUCCGGAGUUUCCGGAAGAUUUCCACGAUGUGAGAACGUGAAUGAAUUUGGAGAUCUGCUACUUCAAGGAGAAGAUCUCAUCACAGAAGACGAUCUCAGGUGGCCACCUGGUUUCUACGAUCUGCCGAAACGACAUGGCAAGCUCAAGGAUCUCAAGAAGUUCGAUGCGCAGUUCUUCUCUGUGACUCCGAAGCAAGCAAACUUCAUGGACCCUCAAGUCCGCAUCCUUCUUGAGGUGGCCUGGGAAGCGAUGGUCGACGCAGGGUUCAAGAAGGCUCUUGUGCAUAUUCGCUCUGCUAAUCCGUUGAUUUCAGGAAUCAAUCCAAUAGACUUACGUGGGUCGCGCACUGGAGUGUUUGUUGGAUGUUCCGCUUCGGAGACUUCCGGUGCUCUCACCCAAGAUCCGGAGACGGUCACCGGCUACACUCUAACCGGAUGCGUUCGAUCGAUGUUCUCGAACCGUAUCUCAUACACAUUCGAUCUACAAGGACCGUCAUUCUCGGUCGAUACAGCCUGUUCUAGUUCCUUGCUGGCUCUUCAGCUAGCUGUCGAUGCUAUUCGUCAAGUACUGUUACAUUUAGACUUGGCAAGAGUUGAUGCAGUAUCGAAUUUGCCUUUUCAGAAGCAGUGCGAUGCCGCCAUCGUGGCUGGGGCUCACCUGACCCUCACUCCCACUGCAGCCUUACAAUUCCUCCGUCUGGGAAUGCUCACCGAAAAGGGCAGUUGUCGUUCCUUCGACGAUUCCGGAGACGGAUACUGUCGUACUGAAGGAGUGGCAGCUAUAUUCAUCCAGCGGAAGUCGAAGGCCAACCGCAUCUACGCCACCGUGCUCCAUGCCAAAUCUAACACUGACGGGUACAAGGAACAGGGUAUCACAUUCCCAUCUGGCGAACGUCAGGCUCAGUUGCUUGAGGAAGUUUACAAUGAAGCUGGAGUCGAUCCCAACAGCGUUUACUACGUGGAAACCCAUGGAACAGGAACCAAAGUUGGAGAUCCUCAAGAAGCUAACGCGAUAUGCCAAGUUUUCUGCUCAAAUCGCAAGGAACCACUUCUCAUUGGAUCCGUCAAAUCUAACAUGGGCCAUGCAGAGCCCGCGUCCGGUCUCUGCUCUAUUGCGAAGGUUCUUGUCGCAAUUGAGCGUAAAUUAAUUCCACCAAACCUUCACUUUAACACACCCAACCAGUAUAUCCCUGGUCUUACUGAUGGUCGAUUGAAAGUUGUAACUGAACCUACUCCUCUUCCUGGAGGUGUCAUCGGUAUCAAUUCCUUUGGAUUUGGAGGCUCUAACACUCACGUCAUCCUCAAAGCGCCUGAUCAUUCUGCUCCACCUUUGAGCGAAGUACCAUUCACAAAAAUCCUCACAUACUGCGGUAGAACCCAAGAUGCCGUGCAGUACGUCUUCAGCGUUGUGGAGAAUAAUGUCAAUGACGGCUACUUGCAAGCCCUUCUUGCGAACCAGGCCAAUUUACCAGCGAAAGACACGCCGUUCAGAGGGUAUAUGCUCAUAAAUCGUGGAGGUGACCAGCCACCCCUCAAGGAUGUACAGAAGGUAUCUAUCACUGAACCACGUCCAAUCUAUUUCAUCUACUCGGGUAUGGGUUCGCAAUGGCCUGGAAUGGCGCAAAAUCUCAUGAUGAUUCCUGUGUUUGACGAAUCGCUGCGUGCUUCAAGCAAAACGUUGGAAGAAUUUGGAUUGGAUGUCUAUGGCAUGCUUUGCAACUCUGAUCCAUCCCAGUAUCAAAAUAAUACUUUGAAUUGUAUGCUUGCUAUCACUGCCAUACAAAUAGCUUUGACAGACCUGCUGUUCUCGCUCGGAGUGACUCCUGAUGGUAUCAUUGGUCAUUCUACUGGUGAGAUGGGUUGUGGUUAUGCUGAUGGAGGCAUCACUCGUGAACAGACCAUGCGUCUCGCAUAUCAUCGCGGUACCACGAUGAUGAAGCACAAAGAGAUCAAGGGAGGAAUGGCCGCUGUUGGGCUUACAUGGGAGGAAGCUGCAGCACAAUGCCCUGAAGGUGUCGUACCAGCAUGCCAUAAUGGAGCCGAUUCCGUCACUAUCUCCGGAGAUGGCGAGAAAGUAUUGAAGCUUUGUGAACAGCUGAAGGAGAAGGGCAUUUUCGCCAAGUCCGUCGACUCCUCCGGGAUACCAUUCCACUCUCCAAUGAUGGCACGAGUCAAGGAGCCUAUGCUCCAGGCGAUGCGCACGGCUGUGCCUGAACCAAAACCAAGAUCCUCUCGUUGGAUUUCUACCUCUAUUCCCGAGAAGGAUUGGGAAAGCGAGCUUGCUAGCACUUGCUCUGCCGACUACCAUGUGAACAAUGCCAUCUCACCCGUUUUGUUCUACGAAGCGCUGCAAAAGAUACCCCCAAGUGCGGUGACAAUCGAGCUGGCGCCACAUUCCCUGAUGCAAGCCAUUCUGCGUCGAUCUCUACAGAAAACUGUUAGCAACAUAGGUUUGAUGAACAAGCCUAAGACCGAGAACGAGAACGAGUUGGAGACGUUCCUGCAGUCGCUCGGUAAAAUCUACCAAGCUGGAGUGAACAUCCGCGUCGAGGACCUGUAUCCUGGUGGACGAUUCAAGGGUGUAGUGCCAAGAGGAACACCUAUGAUCGGCCCGAUGUGGAAGUGGGACCAUUCUCAAGACUGGCCCGUCAUCGAUGGCCGUCACAUGGCCGCUGCUGGAGGUGGCGGACUCGCCGUAUCCGCUUCCUAUCAUAUCGAUCCGUUCUCGGCAGAUUCCAAAGAGUCCUAUCUGCUUGAUCACUGCAUCGAUGGCCGCGUGUUGUAUCCGUUCACUGGCUAUCUAGUGCUAGCUUGGAAGACCCUGGCCAAGCUCAAUGGAGUUGACUUUCAGAAAACAGCUGUUGUUUUCGAGAACAUCAAUGUCUACUCAGCUACUAUUCUAACAAAGCCAAUCAAGCUCGAUUGUGUUGUGACACCCGGAAAUGGCAUGUUUGAAAUCCUUUCGGAGGAACAAGUGGCUGCUUCUGGAAGGAUUUACAUCCCUGAGGAGAACCAGCCAUUCUACUACGGCAAGCUCAGUGACAUUCGCACUUCAGAGAUUGCAGAUAGAAUCGAGCUCGACACUGAGGACGCUUACAAGGAGUUCCUUUUGCGGGGCUACGAAUACGGACAAGCUUUCCGUGGAAUCUACAAAACGUGCAAUUCUGGCGAGCGUGGAUAUCUGUACUGGACUGGCAAUUGGGUAACCUUCCUCGACUCACUGCUCCAGACGGCUUUGCUAGCGGAACGUGCUGACACUCUUCGUCUCCCGACUCGAGUCCGCCAUCUUCGCAUCGACCCUGUGAAACAUUUAGAGCACCUCAUUGAAAAGGACGGUAUCCAGGUGUUCGAGCUGCGUAAUGAUCAUGCGACAAAUGGUUGCAUCGCCGGAGGAGUUGAAUGCUGUGAUCUGACCGCUCACACUGUUUCGAGACGCCUGCAGACUUCUGGACAGCUUUACCAUGAGCGCAUCUACUUCGUGCCGCAUUACGAUGACCAGUGCAUGAAGGAUGUCCCUAAGGAUAAGGAGUUCCUCAUUCAGUACUCAACUGCGCUAAAAUAUGUUGUCGCUCGUGGUCUUGCGCAAUGGGAUAAGGCGGGUAUCCUGAAGAAAAUGACCAACGGCGCCCUGCUGAAGGUCGCACUCGAUGCUCUGAAACCUUAUGGAGGAAAUGAAAUCACGGAAACUACGCUACAAACGUUUAUGGAUGACAGUAGAUGCCCAAUCUUGCACGCAUUCCAUGAGAUCUUCAAUCUGAACUUCACCGACGACAUGAUCGCCUCGGACUUCGAGGAGUUGGUGGUGAACAAGCUGAAGCCGCUCAGGGCUGUGUUCGACUGCGAUCGUCUAUGGGCAGCGGCACUGCUUGAGGACCGCGUUAUCAAAACCAUACAGGACAUCUGCAUCGAAAACUCCGCUGGACACAAUGCCAAGAUGUGUGCUGUGGAGCUGAACUCGUUCGAGCAGCUGAAACAAUGCGUCGAGUCCAACCUGUCUCAUCCACUUCUGGAGAUCGAACAUCUUGCUGUUGGUCCAAAUGUCGAUCAACUGGACGACAAUUCUCUUGAGCAAGUUGGAGCUCGUAAAGUACGCCUGACUAUCGAUGAGAAUUUCACCGGACAUAAUGAUGCCAAAAAUAACGACUAUCUCCUCGUUGACAAAGUCUUGUGCAGGAAAGAGAAUCCGGCUGCUUACCUGAAUUCGUUGAAACAUCUCUUGCGUGAUGACGGUUUCAUAAUUGUGGUGGAGGUCACGUCUGACUACGAGCUGGCUUUCGUAAUCCAAGGUCUGUUUGGCCAGGAAGUGUCUGUCACGAAAGAGCGACAGUUUGGCACCUACUUCUCGCACGAGGAGCUGUUGAAACUGUUCAGCGAAACUGGCUUCAAGCUAUGCAACUAUCAGCGUGACCCGUCGCUGAUGACAACAUCGUACAUCAUUCGCAAGACGCCUUCUGUUCCACGAGAUCCUGUUUUCAUCGACGUUGACGACGUCAAGGAGUUCACCUGGAUCGAGCCAUUGCAGAAGGUCAUUGAAGAGCGUCUCAAUGAACCAGACAGCAAGACAAUCUGGCUCAUGAACACAAAGGUGCGCAAUAAUGGUGUGAUCGGACUGGCUCUCUGUUUCGUGGAGGAAAAUCUGAAAUCGAACCGAUUCCGCUCAAUUGUCGACAUAUCUUUGAAUAGGAAGCGACGUGAAGGACCGGCAGAAAUUAAGCUCGGUGAUCCGAAGAUACAGAAAUUGAUAGACCUUGACCUGCAUGCUAACAAUUACAAGGACGGUGUAUGGGGCUCGUUGCGGCAUUUCGUCGUUAAA